CAUCAGGCCAGGAGCCCCGGCGACGGCAAGCUCCUGGCCCAUCCGUCUAACACUGCCAUAAAGUUGUCGCCCGGCCAUCACACGCUGCCGCGGAAGAAGACGUUGCCGUUGGACGUCGCGGCCAGGACGACGACGAGCAACGUCGUCGCACCUUCGGGCGCCAACGUUCAGCAACAGCAGCAGUUCCAACGGGGCCAGCCAUUAAGAAGAAGCUGCCUGUCGCCGACGCAGCAUCAUCAUCACCAGCAGCAGCAACAGCCGCCGCAUCAUCACCCGCAACACUGUCAGCAGGAGAGCUCGUUGCACUUCGAGUACUUUGUACCGCGCAGCGUCAGCGAGUUCAACCUUGCAGCCGCCGUGACGGACAUGGCGGUACCACCUCCGCCACCUGCGUCAGUCCUCAGACCAUCCUCGGCGAUGACGCCGCCGGUCGCCUCCGGGUUGCCCGUUGUCGCCACCAGCCAGACGAGGCUGCUGGACGCGGGUGGUUGCAACACCGCGACGAGAAGCCGCGAGAAAAUGGUGACGUUCGAGGACGAGGGUCUCGGCGUUACCUCCACGCCCACCAGGAAGAAUUUGCCUGCCCUGGACAACGUCUUCAUGUGACGUGUGCCGCGACUUGCACGGAUGAUGAAGCGGUUGCUGCUGAAGGCGAGGGCGCGUUUCGCAUCGAUGGGGUGAUCGUUGACACGUCAAUUGACAUCGUCGUUAGUUUAUGGGAGGAGCUGAGAGUUAUAGGAUCCAAAAGUGGUUUUUUUUUUUUUUAAGGAACAAACUCGACGGACUCACUAAACGGUGGACUUAGGAUUGAUAUUAAGAACCGAAGGGAGCUGUUAGAGCUCUUAUUAUUCGGGGAAUAAUCGAGACGUUUUUUUGGAACACAGAUAUUCUCCAAACGCACGGAUAAAGAAUAGAUCGAUUGAUACCAAGAAACUGAAACUACGCGAUACUAUAUCCGAUUAUAUCGCGGAUCGACGCGGUUGUAUUGUGUCGGGCUAAUUAAUGAGUCCAGGAGUGAGGACUUAAUGGAAAAGAAAUUGUUUACGAAUAUAGGGAUAGGGAAAAAGAUAUCGACUCUCUCUUACGAUAAUUGCAUUUCUGUACAAUGCGCAUGGAAACUGACGUAGGAAAUAUUUGGAAUACAACACGAAAAAAAUGGGAAAGUGUAUAGAGGCUGCUAAACAAGUAACAAUUCCGAACAGAAUACAAUAAUCGGGAAAUACUUUGUACACAAAUAGAAUUUCUAUCAGAAGCGUCUGUCACCUAAGAUGCAACAAUUUCUUGGCACUAAAGAUGUUUUUCUUAUCACCCGACAUUAGUGCCUAAAUGACAUCCUACUAUUCUGAAGAAGGCAUCUUUAAAAGAAACCUUCCAAUCCCUCAGAUAUUCUUUGGAUUUUUUUUUAGAUAUUUUUUUCGAGACACUUGCGUUGUCUUGGAAUUAUUUUUACGUCCAAUAGAUUUUUUUACGAUGUGCGACGUAAUCUCCAUUAAAAGUUCUCCAUUCGCGACGCGUCAGAAACUGUACAAAAUCGACGAAUGUCAAAAGACAAGAAAGGAAGAAUGACAGGUGAAAAAUUAAAAUGUCACGCAAUCGACAGAAAAGAAUUUUCCGCGUUAGCGAAAAUUCCCCUUCCCUCUUUUCCUACUCUUCUCGGCCGGAAUGUCGAAUGUAUAUUUCUUAUAAUCGCGAUUAAGCCGUAAUUAUCGUUAUUAUACCACUUGCGCACAGCGUAGGGGAUAUCUGUCGAGUAUCCGAAUUUUAUGUCCGAUAAGUCCGAUUGUGUAUUCCGAAUGUUACAUGAAUAGUUUGUAUAUAUAUUCGAAAAGUAUAUAUUGAACAUUUUAACUUAUACGACUAUCCUAUUAUAUAUCAAAUAAAUAAAC